UUGCUACUUUCAGUUUUACUCUAUUUUAAACAUGACUUUUGUGAAAGGUUUUGCGACUGGUGCAUUUACUUCAUUGGCGUGCUUUUAUGUGUAUAAUUCAAGAAUUUCUACUGCCAGAAAAAAACAUGCCGAAGAUGCAGAAAGUAUCAUAAAACAGAAUAGAGUAGUAAUUUCCUCUGACGAUCCAAUGUUAGAGGAUGUGAAAAAAUUAGAAAACCAAAGAAAGAUUUUGAAAUAUGGAAUACCUGAUAAAGGACCUGAAUAUUAUGUUUAUGAGAAUCAUGUUUUAAAUUAUGACCAGUCCAGGAAAAUACCAUCAUGGGUUGCAGAGCAUAUCACACAGGACAAACUGAAAGGGGAAGCCAACCGGAAACAUUCCUAUUUUAAGCCUGAUCCAAAUCUAAAUAGUAAAUUUAAUGCUGGUAAUGAUGAUUAUUUAAAAAGUGGCUGGUCAAGAGGACAUAUGACACCUGCUGGAAACCAUAAAUAUAACCAAAAAGCAAUGAAUGAUUCAUUUUAUCUCUCCAAUGUGGUUCCACAAAAUUAUGAGAAUAAUGCUGGUUUUUGGAACCGUUUUGAACUCUAUUGUCGUGAUCUGACCAAAAAGUUUAAAGAUGUAAGGGUGAUUACUGGUCCAGUAUUUUUACCUGAUUUAGAAGAAUCCGAAGACAAGAUCUUUAUAAAAUAUCAAUUAAUAGGUAAAAGGCAAGUGGCAGUUCCUACCCAUUUAUACAAAGUUGUGAUUGCAGAGUCUGAUAAUAAUAAACCUAUUGCCCUUGGUGCUUUUAUUGUACCCAAUAAACCGAUAGGUUAUGAUAAACAACUCACAGACUUCAUGGUUCCAUUAGAAAUACUCGAGGAAAAGACAGGUUUGACAUUGUUACCCAAGUUAGACCAAUCCAUGACUAAAAAUUUAUGCAGUGUUGAUUCCUGUCAACUCAUAUCACGUGAUAAAUUUGAAUUAUACUUUAUCGGCAGACGGCUUCAAACGGCAAAGAACUUGGAUCAAUUAAAUAAAAUUUAUAAUGAAAUAGCUGAGAAAAAGUUAAAACCUGAUGACUAUUUAAUUAAACUGUUUAAAGAGAAAGAGUGGCAAUUAAAAGAACAGGAAUUAAUGGGUAAAAAACAACGAAAAGAAUUAUGAGAUUAGAGUUUACUAAAUAAAAAAUAGAGUGAUA